AUGAUAUGUUUUUGUUCAUGUCAUAUUCUAUAUUCAUGUGAUAUCACCUAUUGCUUCUUGACCCAGGACGUGAAGGAGAAGAACGCAGCCAAAGCCAAGCUCAGACGCUUGUGCGAGGACAAAGCGAAACAUGGUGAGGCUCCCAAGCUUCAGGUGCCAGCAUGGCUCCACAAAGAGUGGAAGCAGCGGGAUCACUUAGAAAUGGCCAUGGAAUAUCGAGACUGUGGAUUCGAUAAGGAGAAAUUCAUCAAGCUUCGGGAAAGGACUGUGACAAACGAGGAAAACCACAAGAGCACAGUGGCGGUGGGCUGGUAUAGUAAGGAGGAUAUGUUGAAGGUCCUUCACUGGAAUGCGAAGAAGAUUGCCGGAGCUGUCAAGAUCUGUGAGCAGGAUCCACUGCAUUUGAUCAGGACAGAAAAAGGGAACUGCGAAUAUGGUGGCGAAGAGGAAUACUAUGUCACCACCCGCGAGACUGGUGCCCUGGAACAAAACAGACUCAAAAAGGAUGAACGAAAGGAGAUCACAAAGGACGAUAGCGAGGAGCCGAUGCCCGAGGUCAAGCUUGACAGAUUGAACAAGGACAAGCAACGGUUGCUUGCAUCCCAGAGCAGUGCAGCGAUGCGAUCAAAGGAGAUUUUCACCAAGCAUUGUGAUUCGGUGUUGCAAAAGACGGCAAAGCUCCGAUCUUUGCAGUCUGACUUGGCGAAGCACUAUGACAAUACCGACGAGGUUGUCAGAAAGUCAAUCAAAGCCUUGGACAUGGACAUCGGUAAGUUGGAUGAUUCUUACAACAAGCUGACCGAAGUGAUGGCAGAGGGAGAGAGGGAUGACUACGCUGGUGGGUGUUUGGGUAGCAAACCGUGCGCCAAAGCUGUGCAGAACGAAGCGAAGAUCCGGCCGUGGAAUGCGAAGCGACACUUCAAGAAGAUUGCCAAGCAGGAGCAAGACUAG